AUGAGCGCGAUUCCAAAGGAAUCAAUUGAGGUAAUUGCACAAACAGUUGGCAUCCCCAAUUUAUCUCCCGAUGUUGCCCUCGCCGUUACCCCCGAUCUCGAAUAUCGCAUCCGCGAAAUCAUGCAGGAGUCUAUUAAAUGUAUGCGCCAUUCCAUGAGAACUUUUCUCACUGGUGACGAUGUUGAUAGUGCACUCGCAUUGAGAAAUUUAGAGCCGAUAUAUCGUUUCGCGUCUAAUGAUAAUCUGCUGUUCAAAAGAGUUCCCGGGCAUAAUGAUUUCUUCUACAUUGAUGACUAUGAUGUGGAUAUUAAAGAUUUUGUUGAAGAAGCUUUACCAAAAGCACCUCUUGAUACAUCAAUUACUAGUCAUUGGUUGGCUAUUGAAGGUGUGCAACCUGCAAUACCUGAAAAUGCUCCAACUGAAGCUACCCCUGAGAUAAGAAAAACUGAAUAUAAAGAAGAUGGGCUUCCUGUUGACGUUAAAUUACCUGUUAAACAUAUAAUAACGACAGAGCUUCAGCUUUACUAUGAAAAAAUAAUAGAGCUGAUUUUGAAUAAGCCUGGGUCCAUUCCUUUCAGAAGAGCACUGGUCACCUUGGCAACUGACUCAGGGCUCCAUCCUUUAGUUCCUUAUUUUACACGCUUUGUUGCUGACGAGGUGGCACGAAAUCUACAUAAUUUAAAUAAUUUGUUUGCCUCGAUGCGCCUUGUGCGGAGCCUUUUGCAAAAUCCUCACAUACACAUAGAACUUUAUUUGCACCAAUUGAUGCCGCCUAUCAUUACUUGUAUUGUUGCAAAAAGGCUUGGAAACAGACUGUCCGAUAAUCACUGGGAGCUUAGGGAUUUCAGUGCUAAUCUUGUUGCUUUGAUAUGCAAAAGAUUUGGGCAUAUGUAUCACAAUCUUCAGCCCCGUGUAACGAGGACAUUUCUUCAUUCUUUCUUGGACCCUACAAAAGCUCUGCCUCAACACUAUGGUGCUAUUAAAGGAAUAGCAGCUCUUGGAUCAAGAAUGGUUCGCCUGCUUAUAAUUCCAAAUCUCGAGCCGUAUUUGCAUCUUCUUGUGCCAGAAAUGCAACUUGAGAAGCAAAAGAAUGAAAUAAAAAGGCAAGAAGCAUGGCAAGUCUAUGGAGCCUUGCUGUAUGCAGUAGGUCAAAAUAUGCAUGAAAAGGUUAAAGGAAUCAGCAGUUUGCUUUCCCCUCCAACUCUUGCAGCAUCAAGUGGCAAUGGAAAAGCCAUGAUUGCAAUGCCAGGUGUUACUGGUGUUGUGGUACCAAUGAAUUCCAUGUCAGUUGACAACAUGCAGGGGUCAGCAAGUGGGUUUCCCCCCAUGAUGGUCGGGCCAUCAUCCAAAGAAAGCUCUUCCAUUCUAGCUCAGGCUUGGAAAGAUGACAUAGAUGCAGGACUAUUGCUGCCACCAGUGUUUGAAUUAUUUGGCGAAAGUUUGUUAUCAUUUUUACCAAAACCUGAAGCAUCUAUAUUUUUGUAG